CGGGAUAUACGAGUUUGGUGGGCCGGUCAAACAAAUAAACAAACUAGAUAAAUAACUGUAGUGACAUCUUGUAAGGGAAACGUAGCGAUACACACGAUGGGUAUGGUAGUGUAAUCAACAUAUUUGUUCUAUCCAAGACUUUAUUUUACUUAUAAAGUCUUCCCAUUAAUAAUACAAACAUUCUUAUGAGGAGCUGGUACUUCCUGCUAUUGUGUCGUUUCCUGUAGAGUAGCCAAUCAGCGUGCGAGUUCGCAGCAAAACCAGGAAGAAGGAAACGGAGCCUGAAAAGAGCGCCUCGAUCAAAACUGAAGACGUUACCAGAAGUUUCCUCCUCAUCCUGUAGUUUUCGUUUUCACUGCGACCAUGAGUUUCCUCACUGGUCAGUCCAACACCAUCCAGGAGCAGAGAGACCGGUGGGAGAGAAAACGCAGCCGCACCGCCAAAGAGUUGGUGAAAACUGAACAGCAGUACUGCCAGCAGCUGGCGCUGGUCACAACUUACUUUGUGGAGAUCCUGAAGGCCAAAGGAACCCUGAAGCAGGAUGUUAGAGAAAACAUCUUCAGUUCAAUUAAAGCAAUUCAUUCCAUAAACCAAUCUCUCUUGGUCCACUUGGAGAACGGCUACAUCGGACGAGGUUUCCACCAGUUCUGUCCACAGCUGCAAAACUACAACGUGUACGUUGACAACAUCUACGAUGCCACCAAAGUGCUGCGGAUCCAACUGAAGAAAAACAAGGCCUUCAGACGUUUCAAGAAACUACAGGAAGCGCGACCAGAGUUCGACGACCACAAGCUGGAGGAUUUACUACAGCUGCCUGUUCUACGUAUCGAUCACUACAAGCAUUUUUUGCAAGACCUGGCUGCCAACACCAGUCCAGACGAUCCAGAGUUUGAGCAGCUCUCAGGAGCAGUGAUGGCGGUGUGUGAGGUUUCACAGCGAAUCCAAAAUAACGCCCGACGCCACGAGAAUCACCUGCAGCUGUGUCGUGUGCAGAAACUGCUGAAAGGACGGAGUACAAAGGUGAUGGCUGCAGGGCGGUGGUACGUCCGUGAGGGCUGGCUGAACGCCGUUCCGCCCAAAGGUAAAGAGGCCAAGGCCAAGAUGUUCUUCCUGUUCUCCGACGUGCUGCUGCAGGCCAAACGCUGCAGCCCGCUGCACCCCACCACCGGAGACAAGUUCACGGGCCAGCACAUGUACCCCCUCCAGGACUGUGUGGUGGAGAAGGUGUUUGGACACACCAAGAGCCGAGGAGGUCUGCUGAGUCUGAGUUUCCCCAAAGCCAAACUGCUGCUGAUGUCCAACAACCAGGAGGACCUGAACGACUGGUACCAGAGCUUGAGCACCGCCGUCAGGAAGCUCCAGUCCAAACAGACGGUGGUCCACCGCAGAGAAGACCACCUGCAGCAGUCAGCUGACGGACACGGUGUCCUGAGCAGCAGCAGCUCCAACGUCCCUGGACGGAAGAGGAACCUGGACGCCAACGUGAAGGCCCCUCCUGUUGAGUGGGAGGGUGGCGCCCCCCAGAGGGGGAAGCAGCCCGACCCUCCAGGCCAGAAUUAA